AUGUCGAACACCGACCCUCAGCCUACCGCCUCUGGGCACGCUUCUGGUGCCCAGCCGAAACAGCUCUCGCUGGCCACGCGCGCCAUUCACAGCGAUGACCACAUCAGCGCUCACCGCGCCAUCGCGCCGGCCAUGCACGUCUCGACGACGUUUGAGUACAGUCGCAACCCCGAUGAUCUCAAGCAUUGGGACAAUACCGAUCCCUCGGCUCCCCUCGACUCGCACAUCUACUCCCGCGCCACGGCCCCCAACACGACGCGCCUCGAGGCCAUCCUCUCGUCAGCCCUCAACGGGCCCUCGGUGACCUACGCCUCAGGUCUCGCCGCCUUCCACGCCCUGCUCGCCUUUGAUCUGCCGCUCGACCCGCACGCCGACUCGGAGGUCUGGGCCCAGCUGCGGCCCGGCGACGUCAUCCACGUCGAGACGCCCCUGAAUCCCACGGGCGAGGCCCUCGACCUCGUCGCCUACGCCGAGCGCGCCCGUGCCGCCGGCGCCUACCUCACCGUCGACGCCACCUUUGCGCCGCCGCCCCUGCAGGACCCCCUCGCCCUCGGCGCCGACGUCGUGCUGCACUCAGGCACAAAGUACUUUGGCGGCCACUCGGACAUGCUGUGCGGCGUGCUCACUGUCAACCCGGCGCGCGCCGCCGCCACCGCCGCUACCGCUGCCUCUGCCGCCGGCAAGGCGCCCGAGGAGAAGGAGGACAUGGCGACGCUGCUGCGCUUCGAUCGCAUCUUCCUCGGCAGCGUCAUGGGCAGCCUCGAGGGCUGCCUCGGCCUGCGGUCGCUGCGCACCCUCGAGCUACGCGUCCUGCUCCAGUCGCGGUCGGCCGAGCAGCUCGUGGCCUGGCUCGACGCCGAGGCGCGCCGCGACGGCAGCCCCGCCUCGCGCCUCGUGCUGCGCGUCAGCCACGCGAGCCUGCAGCCCGAGGCGCGCGAUCCGGACAGCUGGCUGCGCAAGCAGAUGCCCGGCGGCUUCGGCCCCGUCUUUGCAUUUUACAUGAAGGACAAGAGGCACGCGCGCCGGCUGCCGAGCAAGCUGGGACUGUUCCACCACGCGACGAGCCUCGGCGGCGUCGAGAGCAUCAUCGAGUGGCGAAGGGUCAGCGACGGCGGUUGCGACGAGAGGCUGAUGCGCGUAAGCAUUGGUGUCGAGGGGUGGGAGGACCUGCGGGACGAUCUUGUGGAGGGGUUCGCGGCUCUGAUCAAGGAGGAUGAGACGCCUCUGGAUGAUUUGACGGGGUCUCUCGUCAUCUAG